UGUGAAAAAGAACGACCUAGAAAGCUCCGAAAAAAGGGUCCAAAAUUUAUAUUUUCUUCUGGGAAGAAAUAUAUAUAAACCUAUUUUUAUAUGAUUAAAAAUUCUACCUCGAAGUCUUAACGUUCUCUUUACACGAUCACCCUUUUUCUUGUUUACACUUGUUUUCGGCCGCAGGGAUUUUUUUUUGUUGCACAAUUGGUGAGAGGUAUGACUGAAUUUCAUCAGAGAUUCCUCAGAUGAGAGAGAGAAACUCAUGCACUUCAGCACCUUUGUGAAGACUUUUCUGAGCAGCUCCAGCAGCUGAUGACCAAAGAGCACUGCCCUCAUCCACUGCCAGCAGGACUUACUUGCCCAUCACCUCUUGGAAGGACCCAACCAUGUUCCAGAGGUUCACCAGCAUCCUGUUUGGAGACGCUGUGGAGGAGGUCAGUGGAAGUCCAGCAGACGCGGGCUUCAACGAGAAGGAGGAUGAUGACGAGUGGAUCCUGGUUGAUUAUUUAGCUGAGGCCUGCUCAAGUGCCUGUGGAGAUGGCCUUUUGGACGUCUGCUCUGAGGACGUGUCUGCUCCUGACUGCCCGGUUCGCUGUUCGUCCUGCUCCUCCCUGGAUUCGGCGGCAGACACCGACCCCGAGGACGGAGGCUUCCUGCGCUUGGACGCGGCAGCGUGCGCUCUGGAGGAGAGCUGGUUCAUCACGCCGCCGCCCUGCUUCACGGCCGGAGGUCAAGCGCCCGUGCUGUUGGAGACCAGUCCUCUGGAGAACCUGCUGAUUGAACAUCCGAGCAUGUCUGUGUAUGCUGUGCACAGUCCUCGCCAGAGCUCAGCCAAGGACAACUCCAGUGAGCCCUCCAUCCACAGGACGGAAGUUCAGCGCCGGCCGAGCCAUCCUACUAGCUGCUAUGCAGCUGCUCUCGCCGCAAGCGCCGGACUCCUGGAACAGGCCAAACACGGUCGCCUAGCCCAGCGCAUCCGCGGCAACGUGGUACGGCAACAGCUGUCACGCAACGCUCUUCGCCGCCUCAAUCUGCUCCGUGAUGGGGGAGCCAGGCAGGCCAAAGCCACAGGGGGUUAUGUUCACCAGCCAGGUCAGAGGCAGUACAACUACUGAGGCCGUCACCAUCGCCCUCUCUCUCUCUCACUCGCUCACUCACUCACUCCCUUCCACUCCCUCUCCUCUAUUGCCAUUGUGAUGCUGGGAAUAUAUCUUUCACAAUGAUAAGACAGAGUCUUUGAGAAUCAAUGCCGUAGGUCACUUUACUCCACAGCAGGUUCCUUUCUCACCUAGGGAGUGUGGCUGAAUAAAAGCGAGGGCCCUAUGGUGCCUGUCAUAAGUGAAGUCAUUAUGUGCUUUAGCGUGUCUGUAUUUUGUCACAUAUGCCCCCCCUCUUCCUGUUAAAAGCCACUUCUCUGUCUCUGGAAUGUGACAUGAAAGAUCUUACAGAGAUUUUGUUAAAACUGUGUCAGCGUUCUGCUCCUUUAAAGCCAUAAGAUAUUCCAACGGUGUAAUUCAACAAUGCCACCUCUCUAGUUGGGAGUGAACCUGCUUGUGACAUUGUAAACCAGUGCUUUCACACUCUCUCUCUGUCUCCCCAUUUUUUUUUUUUUUUUUGAGAAGUGUAAAAUACUGGGUUUAUCACUAAAAGCCUUGUUUUCAUAGUAGAUUAUAAUCAUGUAAAAUGUAUUUAAAAAAAAAAAAACUUCCAAAAUAUUUUUAAAAGAAAAAAAUAUUGAAUAUAUUACAUAUCAGUAUGAAGUCGGUAUACCGUAUGAAAGUAUGUUAUCUACGUAUGUGUGUAAGCAGCAGUUUAUUUUUUGCUUAUGUUAGUGUGUGGUUUGUUGUAUGGCUGUGUAGUGCUAGUGUCAGAACAGGUAAAAAAAAAAAUGAGUGUUUUGCUGUUUUCUUUCAUUUUGUUGUAAAUCUGCAGUACACUUCUCAGGGUCAUGACCGUUCACCUUUACUCUAUAACUAAAAUGCAGAUUACUUGACAACUGUGUAUUGUCUUUGUACAUACUGGAAAACCUCUAAAUUUGUUUAAGUGUACAUUGCCUUGUGAAAAUGUUAGUAAUUCAUGGACAUUUGAAACAAAAUCUGUGUUUCUCACCUAGAAAAUGAAAGUGAAAUGCUUGCUCUUCAGCGGACUGUGAAAAUGAACUCUCUAGCUCUCUCUAGACUGUUAAAACCUUCAAAUUGGAGUGAAACUGUUAGUCUUUAAAGCAAACAUUAAUAUCUUUUUCAUUACAUUGAUUUCUUAUUGUGUAUAGUGUUUUAUGCCUUCUUGUAUUUUUAUUGCUUUGUUACAUUUAACAGUCAUAUGUGCUGAACUAAAUAUUUAAACCAAAAGUAGCAUCAAACUUUAACUCUGUAGUAGUUAUUAUUUUUUAUUGUUUUUCAUGUAGAUCUUUGGUCUGAUCUUUGAUCUGUCUAAACCAGCAUGGUGUCAUAUGUUUGUUUUGACUGCCAAGUUGUAAUUUGUUUUAAAUGAAUGGAUAGGACUGAAGUCAGCAAACCUAUAAACUCAGCGGUGUACAUCUGGAGUACAGACAUAACUCAAGGACAUAUGUAUUCACCUUAAGCUCUUUAACAAUUCACACAAGUCUGUGCUUCUUGCAAUGUAAUUAUUUAUGUUGUCAUUGUUUAAAUGUAGUUAGAGAAAUACACAGUGUAGUACAUGAACCUUGUUAGUAUGUGUGUGUACUGAUAUUUUCUGUCUCAAAUGAUAUAUUAUCUUCUCACCCCUGUUUAGAGAGAUCAGUAUGAAGCUUUUUUUUCUUUUCUGAUAAGAGUAAACAGUUCAAGAGGACAGAAGAAAUGUUGGAUAUCUUUAUUUUCCAUGAAUAAUGCUGGAAGAGCCCUUUCUUUUUCUGUUUAUGAUCGUAAAUUGUAAUGUUCACAACAGGGAUUCUUGUUCUUUUUUUCUUGCCUCGAAUUUCACUGAGGAUCAUGUGCCUUCCAAGGUUAACAAUAUGACAAUGCAUUAAUGAACUUGAACUCUGUCCAAAGGGAUGCAAACAUAAACAAAAGCUAAUUACUAUGCAUAGGGGUGUAGCCUUGUUUCUGUGAGCCACUUGCUCUGGACAAAUUUCUUACACAAAUGUAGCAAAUGUUUUUGUUUUUGGGUGAAGAGGAAUUUCUGUGGCAUUUCUCAUCAAGUGUUAGACUAUACUUUAAGUUGAUUUUAGUUUACUGAAAUAAUGCAGCACUUUGCCAAAAGUGUAAGGUUUUAACAUCAUUUUAUUUUGUCUGUUUUCCUGAUUGCAUACGUGUGUUUGGAUAAAUGGCAGAUGUGCUCGCCAAUUGUUUCGUAUGGACGCAAAAUUUGCUUCUGAAAAAGAUGUUAAUUUCGGUUGUAUUUGAUUACUUGUCAGUAUGUACACUCGGUCUUCAAUAAAUGUUUUAGUAAAAAAAAAAA